AUGUGGGUCGCAACCGCCAGCGUUUACGUGAUCGACCUCUUCCUCAACAGCGCCGCGACGACAGCCGGCAUCGCAGCCAACGGCGGUUACGCGGUCUGCCAUUUCAACGCCGGGACCUACGAGGACUGGCAGCCGGACUCUGGUCUGUUCACCGCCGCCGACCACCCGGCGUCAGCGUGGCUGGACAUCCGCUCGUCCAACGUGCGGUCUAUCAUGCAGAAGAAGUUCGACGCAUCCUUCUAA